CGGCGGGGCUGAAGCGUGGCGGAGCCGGAGCGCGCGGGGACCCUACCCAAAGAAGCAACGUGUAAAUCCAGCUCAGAGCAUAGGACUUGGCUCAGGAACUCAUGAGACCGUCUCUGCAGACACCCUAGAACAUCUAUGAUGAACCAGGAGGCCAAGGCUGGCUCCUCAUGGACCCUGAUAGCCUCCAGCUGGGCACCGAGCACCUGUGGAACUGGCUUGUGAGGCUGCUCAGCAAAGACUCAGGAUGGCUGAAUGCCAAGGUGAAGUUCUUCCUCCCCAAGAUGGACGUGUGCUCCGGGGACAAGGCCCAGGAUGCCACACAGGGGGUCGUUCUGCAGCUGAGAAGACUGCACGCUCAAGGCCGGGCCACGUGGCAGGCGUUCAUCCACUGCGUGUGCAUGGAGCUGGAUGUGCCACUGGACCUCGAGGUGCUGCUGCUCAGUACCUGGGGCCACGGAGUCGCGUUUCCCAGCCAGCUGGAGGCCGGUGAAGAAAGCCAGCCUGCCUCUCAGCUCCAGCACGGCCUCAAGCGGCCUCAUCAGAGCUGUGGGUCCUCACCCCGCCCGAAGCAGUGCAAGAAGCAGCAGCUAGAGUUGGCCCAGAGGUACCUGCAGCUACUGAAGACUUCCACCCAGCAACGCUAUGGCAGUAAGAUCCCUGGGCCAGGGCAACCCCUAGCCUUCCACCAGGCCUACAUCCCCCCAAUCCUGCAGUGGAGCCGGACCCCGGCACCCUUCCGCACCCAGGAGGGGAUGGCGCCGGGGGACCCCAAGGCAGAAGAUGGCACGGACGUGACCAUCCGGGACCUCUUCAGCACCAGGGCCGACAAGGGCCUGAGGGUGACCGUGCUCCUGGGGAAAGCGGGCAUGGGCAAGACCACCCUGGCCCACUGGCUCUGCCAGAGGUGGGCUGAUGGCCAGCUAGACCGCUUCCAGGCCCUGUUUCUUUUUGAGUUCCGCCAGCUCAACCUGAUCACACGUCUCCUGACGCUGCCCCAGCUCCUUUUCGACCUGUACCUGAGCCCUGAGGCAGGCUCCGACUUGGUCUUCCAGUACCUGGAGGAGAAUGCUAAUGGAGUCCUGCUCAUCUUUGAUGGACUGGACCAGGCCCUGCAUCCCCGCUCCAACAGAGGGCAGGCAGGUCCUGAGGACCCAAGUCCGGCCCUUGCCCUCUUCUCCCGCCUCUGCCGGGGGACCCUGCUGCCCGGCUGCUGGGUAUUGGCCACCUCCCGCCCAGGGAAGCUGCCCGACUGCCUGCCUGCAGAGGCAGCCACAGUCCACAUGUGGGGCUUUGACAGGCCGCGGGUGGAGGAGUACGUGGGCCGCUUCUUCCCGGACCAGCCGGGGCAGGAGGCAGCCCUGGCGGAGCUGCGGGGCAGCAGACACCUCCAGAGCUUGUGCGCCGUGCCCGCGCUCUGCCAGGUCACCUGCCUCUGCCUCCUCCAUCUGCUCCCAGGCAGCCCGCCAGGCCAGUCUGCGGCCCUCCUGCCCACCGUGACUCAGAACUACGUGCAGAUGCUGUCCACCCUCGGCCCCCGUGGGUACCUGCCUCCCGAGGUCCUGCUGGAGCUCAGUGAGGUGGCCCUGGGCGGCCUGCAGACCGGGAAGGUCAUCUUCUCUGUAGGAGACAUCCGCCCGCCCACAAUGGCCUUUGCAGCUGCCCUCAGUUUGCUGACCUCGUUCUGCAUCUGCACGGGCCCGGGGCACCGGGACACAGGCUACGCCUUCACCCACCUCAGCCUACAGGAGUUUUUUGCUGCCUUGUACCUGGUGGCCAGCCCCAAGGUGGACAGAAAUGCACUUGCCGGCCACGUCACCCUCAGUUCUUGCUGGGUGCUGCGGACCAAAGCUAGUCUGGGCCUCCUAGACCACCUCCCCACCUUCCUGGCGGGGCUAGCGUCCCGCGCCUGCCGACCCUUCCUCAGCCUCGUGGCCCAGCGGGACGAGAUGUGGGUGAGUGCCAGGCAGGCUGUGGUGAUGCAAGCCUUGAGGAAGUUGGCCACCCGCAGGCUCACGGGGCCGAAGAUUGUGGCGCUCUGUCACUGCGUGGGUGAGACCCAGGAGCCUGAGCUGGCCGGUCUCAUGGCCCAGAGUCUCCCCUGUCACCUCUCCUUCCACAAUUUCCCACUGACCUACGCCGACCUGGCUGCCCUGACCAGCAUCUUGGGGCACAGGAAUGCCCCCAUCCACCUGGAUUUUGAGGGCUGCCCUCUGGAGCCCCACUGCCCUGAGGCCCUGGUGGGCUGUGAGCAGGUCGAAAAUCUCAGCUUUAAGAGCAGGAAGUGUGGGGAUGCUUUUGCCGAAGCCCUUUCCAGGAGCCUGCCGACAAUGGGGAGCCUGAAGAAGCUGGGGUUAGUAGGAAGUAAGAUCACUGCCCGAGGCAUCAGCCACCUGGUGCAGGCUCUGCGCCUCUGUCCACAGCUGGAAGAGAUCAGCUUUCAGGACAACCAGCUCAAGGACUGGGCUGUGCUGAACAUCGUGGAGGUACUUCCUUGUUUGCCACAGCUUCGGAAGCUUGACCUGAGCCGCAACAAUGUCUCCAUGUCAACACUACUCUGCUUGACAAAGGUAGCAGUCGAAUGCCCUACUGUCAGGACCCUGCAGGUCAGGGAGGCAGACCUCAUCUUCCUUCUUUCCCCGCCCACAAAGACUGCUGCAGAGCUUCAAGGAGCGCCAGACCUGCAGGGAAAUGCUGGCCAGAGAGAAGCGGCUCAGAGUAGAAGCCUGACACUCAGGCUCCAGCAGUGUCAGCUCAGGGUCCAUGAGGCACAGGAGCUCAUAGUCCAGCUCCAGGAAGGCCCCCGCCUGGACAAAGUGGACCUUUCAGGAAACCAGCUGGACGAUGAGGGCUGUCGACUGAUGGCAGAGGCUGCCUCUCAGCUGCACAUCGCCAGGAGUCUGGACCUCAGCGACAACGGGCUCUCUGUGGAUGGAGUAUACUGUGUGCUGAGUGCGGCGAGCAUGUGCCGGACCCUGGCAGAGCUACACAUCAGCCUGCUGCACAAAACUGUGGUCUUCACGUUUGCCCCAGAGCAGGAGGAGCAGAAGGGGAGCUGGGACAGGACUGCGCUGCCGGUCAGCCUGGCGUGCCAGAUGCCAUCCGAGCCGCCCCCGCGCCCCACGGCGAUCAGGCUAACACACUGCGGCUUGCAGGCCAAGCACCUAGAGCAGCUCUGCAGGGCGCUGAGAGGAAGCUGCCACCUCAGUCAGCUGGACUUCUCAGGCAACGCUCUGGGAGACGAAGGCGUGGCCCAGCUGGCUCAGCUCCUCCCAGGGCUGGGAGCUCUGCAGUCCUUGGACCUCAGUGAGAACGGUUUGUCCCUGGAUGUGGUGUUCAUGUUGACCCCGUGCUUCUCCACUCUGCCUUGGCUCCUUCACUUGGACAUCAGCUCUGACAGCCAGCGUGUCAUCCUGAGAGGUGACAGAAGAGGCAGGGAUCGAUUGGCUGGUGGGUCCUUGCCAGAGUUCCCAGCUGGAGCCCAGUUCUUGGCCUUUCAUCAGCGCUGCAUCCCCAGGAGCCUCUGCCUCAGGCAGUGUCAACUGGAACCCCUGAGCCUCGCCCACCUCUGUGAGACUCUGAAGAAGUGUCCGGGGCCUCUGGAAGUCAAAUUGUCCUGUGAGGUCCUGAGUGACCAGAGCCUGGAGACCCUGCUGCACCACCUAGCCCGGCUCCCCCAGCUCAGCCUGCUGCAGCUAAGCCAGACAAAGCUGUCCCCGAAGAGCCCCCUCCUGCUGGCCAACUUCUUCAGCCUAUGCCCACGGGUUCGGAAGGUGGAUCUCAGGUCCCUGUGUCACGUGACCCUGCGCUUCAGGUCCAGCGAGGAGCGGGAAGGCGAGUGCUGUGGCAGGUUCACGGGCUGUGGCCUCAGUCAAGAGCACGUGGAGCCGCUGUGUUGGUUGCUGAGCAAAUGUGAAAACCUCAACGAGCUGGACCUCUCAGCCAACAUGCUGGGUGAUGACGGGCUCGGGUGCCUUCUGCAAUGUCUGCCUCAGUUGCCUGUCUCCGGUUCGCUUGACCUGAGUCACAACAGCAUCUCCCUAGAAAGUGUCCUGGGCCUGGUGAAGAUUCUCCCCUCCUGCCCACGCGUCCAGGAGGCCUCUGUGAACCUGGGCUCUGAGCAGAGCUUCUGGAUCCACUUCUCCAGACAGGAGGAGGCCGGGAAGACCCUCAGGCUGAGCCAGUGCAACUUCGGGCCAGAGCAUGUGUCCAGACUGGCCACCGGCCUGAACCAGGCUCUAAAGCUCACGGCUCUCACGCUGACCCGGUGCUGCCUGGGCCUGGAGCAGCUGACGCGACUGCUGAGUCUGCUGAGGUGGCCGGUGGGGCUGUUCAGUCUCAGGGUGGAGGAGCCGUGGGUCGGCACAGCCGGGGUGCUCGCCCUGCUAGAAGUCUGCACCCAGGCCUCAGGCAACAUCACUGAAAUAAGCAUUUCAGAGACCCAGCAGCAGUUCUUUCUCCAGUUGGAGUUUCCACGUCAGGAGAACCCAGAGGCCGUGGCCCUCAGGUUGGCUCACUGUGACCUUGGGACCCACCACAACCUUCUUGUCUGGCAGCUGAUGGAGACAUGUGCCAGGCUGCAGCAGCUCAGCUUGUCCCAGGUGAACCUCUGUGACACCAGUUCUCUGCUGCUGCAAAGCCUCCUUCGGUCCCUGUCUGAGCUGAAGACAUUCAGGCUGACCUCCAGCUGUGUGAGCUCUGAGGGCCUGGCCCACCUGACGUCUGGUCUGAGCCACUGCCACCACCUGGAGGAAUUGGACUUAUCCAACAACCCAUUUGUUGAGAAGGACACCGAAGUGUUGAUGGCGGUCCUUGAGGGGAUGUGCUGGCUGAAGAGGCUCGACCUCAGCCAUCUGCCGCUGGGCAGCUCCGCCCUGGCCCUGCUCACCCAGGGACUAAGCCACAUGAGCGUCCUGCGGAGCCUCCGGCUGAGCAGGAACGGUAUUUGUGACGUCGGCUGCCUCCAGCUUUUGGAGGCUCUCAGAGCUGCCAGCAGCUUGAAGGAGCUAGGCUUGAGCCACAACCAGAUUGGAGACUUCGGUGCCCAGCACCUAGCUGCCAUCCUCCCCGGGCUGCCCGAGCUCAGGAAGAUAGACCUCUCAGGGAAUGGCAUUGGCCCAACUGGGGGAGUGCUGUUGGUGGAGUCUCUCGCCCUCUGCGAGCACUUGGAGGAGCUAAUGCUGGGCUACAACGUCCUGGGAGAUGUCACAGCCCUGAGGCUGGCACAGAGGCUGCCCCACCACCUGAGAGUCCUACACCUGCCCUCUAGCGGCCUGAGCCUAGAGGGGGCGCUGCUCCUGAGCCAGGCCCUGGAUGGAUGCCCAUACGUGGAAGAGAUUAGCUUGGCAGUGAACAGUCUGGCGACAGGGGUCCCACAUUUCCAUCAGGGGCUCCCGCUGCUCAGGCAGAUCGACCUGGUUUCCUGUGAGAUUGACAACCACGCUGCCAGGCCCCUUGCUGCCAGCCUGGUGCUCUGCCCCGCGCUGGAAGAAGUCCUGCUGUCCUGGAAUCUGCUUGGGGACGAGGCGGCUGCAGAGCUGGCCCAGGUCCUGCCGAGGAUGAGCAGGCUGAAGAAAAUGGAGUAUGAGGGGCACAUCCUGGGAAACCAGAACUGGGGGAGCAUGCCAAGGGGAACCCCCAUCCUUGGGAAAACCAAGAGGCCACUUCCUGCCACAGAGCAGGAACUCACUGAGUUGCACAUUCUGGUCCAAGCCCCUGUCAACCUUAGCUCUCCCUGGGCCCCGGCCUUCAGCCUUCCUGCUGUACUGUGUUGGGUUCUGCAAGCAUCUUGGCCUGGGGGCGGGGCAUAUAGGGAAGCCCAUCCCCCCCACUCAAGCCAUUUCUCUUUCCCCGUUCUCUGCUAUCUCUUGGAAAGCUUGGAGAAGAACCAGAUCACAGCUUGUGGAGCCUGGCUCCUGGUCGAAGGGCUGGCACAAGGGUCUAGCAUCCAAGUCAUCCGCCUCUGGAACAACCCCAUCUCCCCCGACAUGGCCCAGCACCUGCAGAACAAGGAGCCCAGGCUGGACUUCGCUUUCUUUGACAAGCAGCCGCAGCCACCUCGGGGUAGUUGAUGGCCCCCCUCAAGAUCCUUUGAAUUCAGUCAAGUGAAGCCAACUUCCACUCACCAGGACAGUGGGCUCAGGAGAAGAGCCUCAGCUGGGGGCCCCUGUGUGCUGCCCCAGGAGGGAGGGGCACAUUGGUCUUGCUACGGUCUUCAGGAAGAGACCAGGAGCCUCGUGUGGCCAAAAGACUACCCCGUGUUGCAUGUGACAUGCGUGACCAGUCGGAGACAUGUCACACAAUGAAAGUGUCGUGAUGUGAUGGGCGACACAGAAGAUUACAUGUGGCAGAAUUCUAUGUGACGUUACGUGGAACUCGCAGCGUGACCUGUGGGCCAGUGGGAUAGGUCCUGGCACCACCACGUGGCAGCACACAUGAUCCGUGGUUUGCAUAUGACAUGUGACAGAUGCUCAUAUCAUAGGACUUGUGGCUGGCCAGAUACCCUCAGGCUGGUGGAAAAUCUAAGUUAUUACUUUUUAAAACCAAGUAUAUAUUUAUACGUUGCACUUUCAGAACAGCUAAGCCGGGGAAUGUUCUCCACCCAGAAGUGGGAUGGGGAGAGUGUCCAAGCACUGACUAGCCCAGUGGCCUGAGGGCCAAGCCCUAGACUCAGCACGAGGCUUUGGGAUGAGGCCCAUCUUGCCUCAAGCCUCAGUUUUCCCAUUUGUAAAUGGGACGACUCCCUCCUCUUAAACCCCAGCUUCCAAAGACUUUGGGCCCAGAUCUAGGGACGGUCCCCGGGAACGGAUGGACCCAGUCUGACCUAUGUCCCGGAAAAAGCCUUGUCUAAGGAUGUGGGGUAGGCACUAUUGGGAUAAACAGGCAAGGCCACUGGGUUCAGACACUACCUCAGCAGGAUCCGGGUGAACUCCCAGGGGCUGCACGUGCUACCUAACAUUAUUUCCAGAAAGGCCCAAGGAUGGCCAUGCCACACUUGAAGCCAAAUUCGACCAAUAAAUGUGGAUGAUGUCCCAGCCUCUA